GGCCGGGAAGGCGAGGCCAGAGCUUCUGAUCAGCUUGCCGCAUAUCAAGCCUCCCUCAAAAAUGCCCCCGCCCUCUCCAAGUCUGCUCCCGACACUCCCCCCCGCCCGCCUCUCCUUUCCUCUCUCCCCUCAUCGUCGUCCUCGUCGGCGACACCCUCCUCCAUGUCCACCUCCCCCCACCUUCCGCCUCCUGUCAUAAACGAGGUGGGAAUCCCUCCCCCUAGCCUCAAUGGCAUACAACACCACGAGUCCCCGUCUCAGCUCGCCCUUAUGCUCACAAAUAGUCUCCGCGAAAAUGAAGACCUCAAACGCGAACUCGCCCUCUACAAGCGCAAAGCAGAGAAAGCUGACCGUCUUAUGCGCGAUCUCCACGCUCUCAAUACCGCUACUGGCAAAUCAUCCAACGCUGGUCCCUCUUCCGUCCCUCCUGGCCAUUUCGACGAGAAUGCCGUCAAACUCCUCAUCCUCGAGUGUCAGGAACGCGCCGAACGCGCCGAGGUCAAGCGCGAUGAACUCGAAGCUCGCAUCUACAAGCUACAGGAGCAUUGGAUGGACUUCGAUCGUAUAGCUGCGGGCUACGAGACCAAACAAGCAGAAAUCCGGUUGAAGUUCUCUACCCUCAUGGCUUCCAAAGGCGGCGAACUCUAUGUGGUUGGACCAGGCCCACCGUACGCAACUGCAUUAGCACAAGCUCGCCAGGACAUGGCAGCUCAACAUCCGCCACAACCCACCCCAAAUUCUCGAGUGAGGCCACGAGCGGGUAGCUUGGACGGUUCAUCGUAUCCGCCACAUCUUGCUGGGGGACCUCCACCCGCCAAAAGAUUAAGGGGAGAACGUACGCUCCCUGACCAUGCAAUCGCCGGGCGACCCCGAGAACGCCAUCGCAGUCAAUCGCCUCAACGAAUGCCCCCCUACAAUGGCCUUGGCUUCCACAACUCGUUGCCUCAUCCGGGCGCAUUUCAAGGCCACCCCUCCCAUGACGCUAUUUCUCGAGGUCGCUCAAGAAUUCUUGAUCAUGAAAUGGAUGACCGCACCUCACUUCACCCUUCAGAUACUCGUGGCUCCCAUCACAGGUCCGGCCACCGACGUCGUACUUCACACUCUCGUUCGCGCAGUCGCGCCAGCUCUGCGAGUUUGGAUGAGAUGUUGCUUGAAGCAACUACAGGUGAUGAUCUCGAUCGUCCAGAGGAUCCCGAGCUGGGCGGCAUGUCUCAAGGGCGCGUUGUAACCCAAACCAUCCAACUCUCCCGACAAUCCUCGCACCAUCUUUCAUCUCACAACCAACCAGCCAGAGGUCUUCGCCACCGAUCUUCGUCUCUCGAUCGUGAUCGAGAAUACCAUAUGUCCCAUUCGAGCUCUCAACAUGCUUCACGUUCCCGCGGGUCGACCGUCGCUACGCCUCAUCAGUCUUUGCACCCUUCAUCUUCUAUGUCUGGACCGGGUAUGGCCGGUAUGGAUAUGCCUUCUGGGCCUGGAGUACCGGGCAUGAGCGAUCCAGUAAUGAUGAGACAACCAGGUCAAGUACAGUAUCAAACGCAUACAUUUGCGCCGCCUGUCACAGGUCCCCCCGUCAAGAAACCCAAAAAUGCGAACACACCUAGCUCCAGUAAUAUUGGCGGGCUUACUAGCCAAGGAAGCGUUACUACCCUCGGUCCUCAGCCUACUGUUUCUUCGAUUGGAGGGGGCGGGUUCCCGGGCUCCAAUGCUCAAGGUCAGCGCACGUGUCGUCAAUGCGGACAGCCGGGUCGAUACAAAGACGGUAAAUGUGUCGAGAAAUGGGGUCCCGGUCCUGAAGGACCUGGAACCGUAUGCGACAGAUGUCGAAAGAAGAUGAAGCGUGUUGAGCGCCGUGGAACACUCGACAGCCAGCAAUUAGCAAGCUCUCAGAAUGUACCACAUAUUACAAGCACUUCACUGGUACAUUCUGCUACAUCUAUGAACCUCAUGUCGGGGAAUGGCCGUGGACCCCUCAUGGCUCAAUCACAAACCAAUCGCAGUAUUCAUCGAACAGAUACUCUCCUCGUCGAUCAAGGAGUACCUUCUGCCCCGAGUCAUAGUUCUUAUCUCACGACUGUAUCUCAACGUCGCGACGAUUCUCGGACUGGGGCUGGAUCGCCUCGUGGUUCUCAUUCUGGUGGAAGAAGUGCGAUGCGGUCGCCUCCCACUCCUCCAUCGAUUACCACUCUACCACCUAGCUCUAGAUCCAAUGACGUCGAUGAGGUAUUGUACGAUCAACUUGCGGACAAUAGUGGCCGAUCGCCGUCUGAACGCGACGGAGCAAACGGCCGACGUAGUCGACAAUCCACUUCAAGCCUGAGUCCUCCUACGCCUAGUGCAGGUGUCGCCGUUCCAUCUUCCAGAGCUUCUCCUCGGGUGUCAGAGUCUCCACGCACGACCAACGGCAAUAAUGCCAGUGGGAGCAACGGCAGUGGCAGUACGACUAAAGGGAAAGUCACUCCAAGUGAUAUCGAUCCCGACGCUGAUGCAGAUGCUGACGCUGACGCUGAGAUGGACACCGAGGCAGACGCUGAUGCCGACGCCGAGUUGUUGGAGGCUAUUGAUGAAGCUGAGAGGAAGGCUGGCAACUCGAGUACAGCCGAAGAUGAGUGGCUGAAGAAAGAGGAGAUAUCGAUUUAAACUGGGCAAGUCACUCUAUGCUAUACUUUCACGGUCUUUCAUGAUCAUGCUACCCUCCACAACGAAUCACCGAACGAACGAAUCGAAGAGAUGCGAUGAUGGACUCGUCUACCCUUACACACACUGCUUUCCUCGAUCUCCCGAUCUCUCUGAAUUUAUUUUGUCCCAUCUUCUUCCAUCCUUACUCUACUGUGUAUCCUUUAUCUUUCUCACUUACACUCUGAGCUUGCUUUGUAACUGUUGUUAUGCUGUCACCAUCCACUCUCCUGGAAACAUGUAUUUCUGUAUUGUAAACUCUCUUGGCGUCUCUUCCAAUCCUCCAGGGUGUCCUCGGUGUUCUAUCUUUUUCUGUCUACUGCGUACAAAUGCACCCCGUUAUCGCGUAUCGUAAUGAAUUCUUGUCAUGCAU